CUCCUCCUCGUGUUCUUCCCGCACUCCAGAGCUCUUCUCAGGGCCCGUGCCCAGCACUCUGCCUUCUUGCUUUCCUAUUUGCUGUCUGACCAUGUACAGAGCACUCCCUGGCUCCUGUGUGCCUCAGUUUCCCCCUGUAGCCCCUGCCUCCUCAUCAUGAUUACAUGGACAUCCUGUCAGGACCUGAAGGCCUCAGUGUGCUGCUCCAUUCCUCCGCAUCCCAAGAAGGAAAGGAAGCACGGGAGGCCCCUGGGUGGGUCAGGGCCAGCCACCCCUGUUCUGAGUGGUCUCUGGGCUGCCCGAGCCUCCCUCUGACUGCUGCCUCCUUUCUCCUUCACCAGCCUAGGUCCUGCGGACAGCCCCCAAGUCCCCGGCUCCCAAUGGACCCUUCCAGCCCAGAGCCAGCAGCCAAGGAGGCAGAGCCCUCCGGCCCGCCGCCCGACACCCUUGGCGUCCGCCUCCGUCGCCGUCGCCCCCCAGCGGGGCGAGGCACUUCCUCGGCCGAUUCUUCCUCCAGCCGGACGUUUUCCCCAGCCGCCCGCAAACGGCGCGGGCCCCGAGGCUCAGCCCCAGGGGAGCCCCCCGAGGCUCCUGGGCCCCCGGACAGGGUAGAGGCAGAGGACGGGGGUGGUGUCCUGCUGAUCGACGCCCAGGGCGUCCCUUACACCGUGCCCCAGGCCGGCGAGGAGGGGGGGGGGCCCCGGGCCCGGCGGGCCCCACAUUUCUGCCCUGUCUGCCUACGUGCCUUUCCCUACCUCUCUGACCUGGAAAGGCACAGCAUCUCUCACUCGGAACUCAAGCCACACACCUGCCCGGCCUGCGGCAAGGCCUUCAAACGGGCCAGCCACUUGCGGCGGCACCGGAACAUCCACGCCGGCCUGCGGCCCUUCCACUGCGCCCUGUGCCCCCGGCGCUUCCGGGAGGCCGGCGAGCUGGCCCAUCAUGGCCGUGUGCAUUCGGGAGAGCGCCCCUACCAGUGCCCCAUCUGCAGGCUGCGCUUCACGGAAGGCAACACCCUCCGGCGCCAUGCCCGCCGCAAGCACCCGCCGCCCCCGGAUUCCCCCAGCUCCCUGGCCGGCCCAGGCAUGGAUCCACCCUGGCUGGAGGCCAUGGCCCCGGAGCUUGAGCUGUCCCCUGGCCCGGACCCUGCCCCGGGGGUCCCUGAGGAAGGCCCCAAGAAGUCCCCCAGCCCGGAGCCCACAUCCGCAGACUUGGAGGGCCCCGAGGAAGGCCCCAAGCGGCCCCCUACCCCCCACACGUCCCAGGCAACCCCGGAAGAUGUGGGAGCAGCGCCUGAGUGAGAGCUCCAGCCCUCCGCAGCGCCUGCAGAGCAAGCCAGCCUGCCUUCGGACAGUCAGGCCCCCCCAGAGGCCAAGCAUGUGCCACAGGGCCUGAGGUUUCCCCAUGGACCCCGAAGGAGACCCGGCCAGGGCAGGCUCGAGCUCAGGCCGGGGGCCCCGGGCGGGGGUCAGAACAGAUGACGGGAGCUGGGGUGGGGGGCUGGGCAAGGGGCUGGCUCCCUGAGGCAAGACUCCUUUCUCAGAACCGAGUCGGGCUGAGACAGGCAGGGUGAGGAAAUAAAUGUGUGUCUGCCGGC